CCUUGUGUUGUCCGAAAUCGAUAUGAAAAUUGGCUUGUUUAUUGCCGCGGUUGAUAACAGGCGUGCCGCUUUAAAGUUUAUCGGCUGACCCAAUGAAAAUUUUCACAUUUCACAUGCCCUUAUCCAUUUAUAUAAGUUAUCAAUCAAUAAAUGAUUGACCGAGGAGAAGAAAUAUUUCUAGUUGAGUGCGCAGGGUUAAAAAAUAGGGGAGAUUCAUCCUAUUCGAUCGGCCAGAUAUCAAACAAAGGGCCAGUAGCCGGUGCGUGGUGACAUUUCAAGAAACGUGUUUAAGUCUUGGGUUCUUUGGUAAUCUGUUCUCUGAAAUAAUUAUACAAACUAGUGAAAAUAAUCAGUGCUAUGCCAAAGACCUCCACGAGAAGAUAAAGCAAGAAGAGCACUGACACAGGAAGGAGAGAUUCUAUCUCGUGAAAACAAGUGUCUCAGGAAGUGAACGUGAACAUACAGAGUGGGAUAUGAUUCGAAUUAAAGAGGAACUUGUGGAAAAAUUAGGCCUGGAAGGGAAGGAUGAUCCUCACAACUUGUUGAACAAUAUGGUCGAUGUACGAGCGUGUUAUAAACCUAGCGAAAAACGUCUCCCCUAUUCCUGUUGGAUUAUUUCCUAAUCCAUUCACGUGCAUCCCGCAUCCGUAGGAAAAAUUCCACAGAUAUUUACUACCGUCUGCGCGAUAAACCACGAGGAAAUUACAAGAUCAUGCUACUGGAUAUCUGAAACCUGAUAAUCAAUGGAAAUAGGAGCACAACCUAAUACGAUUUGAAAUCUAUGGAAAGAAGCUGUACAGAAACCUUGAGUUUUCUACUUGACCUCCACUCCACGUUUUCACAUAGAAAAGUCGUUGAGUUAAUCGAUGCUAAUGAUUUUUCUGCUCCUGUUGGUUUUCGUUUGCAAAUUAUUUAACGGACACUCCAAUCAUUCACCUCUCGGAGACUGAUUUGUGUCACGCGAACCAGCCGGAACAUAGUAAUUAACUAAAAUUAGGUAAUCGACGUAGAUAAUUAAUCUGAAGCAGGAUAGGUACAGCACGCUAAUAAUAAUAAAGCAUCAAAGCUUUUGUCCUGCUUCAUGCUAUAGCCAGCCGGGAUCAAUUGACAGGCCAUGUAGUCACGGUAUGUCGUGUCGACACAUAAUAAUCUGGACUAGAUAAAAAUUGUAUAAAAAAAUAUAUAUAUACAAGAUAUCAAUGUAAAGCAUAAUAACUCAACGUUCUCCCUGUUAACCAUUUGAGAAAAGUAAUGGCGCCUAACCUACCGUAAGUAAAACCGAAUCUACUUUUAGUCUCGAGGUUCUUGGCUUUCCCAGUUUACGAACCGUUGAAAUAUUUAACGUGUACACUAGAAUAUAUCUACUGUAUUCUCGUCAGGUCCACGUAACCAGCAUAAACCACGAGACCUACAGGGUCAAUAUGUCUCCAGAAAAAUACAUCAUCCAUCCAAAUUAGAAGCCUAUGAUGCUGUAUUGUAUAAACCUAGAGAAUUGUCUGUAAGGAAUGAACAAAUGCAAUCGCCAUCGCUAUAAGGAGACAUGACAUAAGAUUUUCGAUCAUCAUGGAUGACUAUUGGAUAAUAAAAUCUAGACUCACAAUAGGGCAACGAGAAUCAAUGGAAAGAAGAGCGAGGCCCAGAGAUCUUGUCGCCGAUAAUGUCCUUUCACGAUGAGAGAAACGCGGAAUAACAUUCAUUGCGAAAUUAAUUGAUUCCGCUAGAAGAAUUCCGCUCGUGCCUUCAUUCGACACUCAUCGUUACGUUUCACGAAUACAGUGCAGUCCGCCGUAGGAAAAAAAAGGAAUGCUCUUUAGCUUUUAAAGAAAAACGAAUGUUAUUUUUGGCGCGUGCAAUCUUUUUUAGAAAAUUGGAUAAGCAAUCGGGAAUAAUGGACUAAGAGCGGGAGGAAAUUUCUAAAAAUAUCCAUCCUUUCUCUUGCGUCAUACAGGGUGUUCCAGUAGAGGGUCUACAUCGAUCCUUGCCAUGACGAACGAUCGUUAAACCGUGUAAUUAGGUUGUGCUUGCAGUUCACGGUAGAACACAAUAGCUGGCACUUGUACGUAUGCCUGAUUAGAAACGCGUACGGCCGAUUAUAGGAGGAAAAAUGCAUGAUACAAUAGACAGUGAAAGAGAAAAUGAAAAAGUGGCCACUGAUCGUCUAGCAAUAAGAUGCUUGUAGAAAAUUUAUAGAUAUUUUAUCUCUACGUCAAUGGAUAGUGUAUCCAAAUCUCAACGAAUCCUAUCAGACUUUGAUCGGACGUCAACGGCCCUUGUUCAAAUCUUCUCUUUGUUUUUUUCUUUCUUUUUGUACAAGUACUAUCGCGCUAUCUUGUUUCUCUUGUAUCUUAUAUCGCUGCUCGUACUCUACGGAACACACUAUACCCUGCCACAACUAUACUCAGCCAUGCUGCAUUGUACUAUAGUCACUGGCUGAUAUCUACACACCUUGACGCUUUCGGUCCGCUUUCAGUCAGAGUCAGUAGCUCUUGCGGUACAGUACUGGCUACUGGGAUUAGAGAUUUUGCUGCUAGCCGGAUAAUCUUAGUUAUUGUUUUUCAUCUGUGAGAAAUACCAGUAAGCGGAUCGGAUGUGUGAAAAUUGCUAUUGAGAAAUGUAAAAUUGAGUACAACGAAAACUGUGUAGCUGUUUGGUUGCUGAGAAUUGAGUAGUUGAGUUGGUGUUGCAUGGGCUGCCUUGUCAGUUACACCCCCCCAAGUCACUGUCACCACACAUGACUGCCUCGUACGUGUUUUGAACCUGUUGACAGUCAGACAUGACCAACGACAAGCAUCCUGACGUCCACACCGCUCGCGUGUUCCCAGCAGGAACUCGCGUUCCUUCGUCGUGGUUCCGGGGCGUGCGGAGCAGCAAAUUUCGUCACGUUUACGGUGUACCGGCCAAGAGGGAGAGAUGCUACGACAACAUCAAGAUCACGAAGAAUGCCCACGACUCACAAUUCUGUGCUGUCAAUCCAAAGUUUUUGGCAGUUGUCACCGAGGUUGCUGGUGGUGGUGCAUUUCUGGUUUUGCCACUUGACAAUACUGGAAGACUGGAUUUUAAUGCUAGCAGAGUAACUGGGCACACUGGUCCUGUAUUGGAUAUUAAAUGGAAUCCGUUUAACGAUAACGUGAUUGCUUCUUGUUCGGAUGACUGUACGGUGAAACUCUGGCAUAUACCGGACGGUGGAUUGUCCAGGAACCUAACUGAUUGGCUUGUUGAAUUGCAAGGACACAAGAGACGUGUCGCAUACCUGGAAUGGCAUCCGGUUGCUGAGAAUGUACUAUUCAGUGCUGGAUUCGAUCAUCUCGUUAUCGUCUGGGAUAUAAACCGAGGGGAAGCUGUCAGUGUGAUUGAUAGACAUCCCAAUGUUAUAUACAGCAUGUCCCUUAACAGGGAUGGCAGCUUAUUAGCGACUACCUGUAAGGAUAAGAAAUUACGUGUCUUUGAGCCAAGAUCGGGCAUUGUUGUUUCGGAAGGUGUCUGUCAUGCUGGGACCAAAGCAAGCAAGGUUGUGUUCCUUGGUGGAUCGGGUCGUCUCUUAACCACUGGCUUUAGUCGGCAUUCGGAUAGGCAAUACGCCAUUUGGAGUCAGCAUGAUCUGUCGAUGCCUUUAACUUGCGAGACUAUUGACUCUUCCAGUGGGAUCGUAUUUCCUUAUUACGAUAAUGAUACCAAUAUGGUGUUCCUAGCAGGAAAGGGUGAUGGAAACAUUCGGUACUACGAAGUAGCGAACGAGGCUCCUUGGCUGCAUUAUCUUAGUCAAUUUAUAUCCGGAAAUCCUCAGAGAGGACUGGGAAUUAUGCCGAAAAGAGGUGUCAAUACUUCUAUCUGCGAAGUGUACAGGUUUUACAAGCUACACGCGACUCGUGGAAUGUGCGAGCCAAUUUCCAUGAUAGUGCCACGAAAGAGUGAUCAGUUCCAAGAGGAUCUAUAUCCCGACACAAUUGGAACUACACCAGCUCUCUCGGCCAAGGAUUGGAUCAGCGGCAUGAACAGUCCUCCGAUUUUAAUAUCUUUAAAAACUGGUGCUUUGUCGACAGGUGGUAGCAUCACCACACACAAACCGCGUGUCUACAAACCUGCACAGAUGCCUCCAGCAACGGAUUUGAAUACCAAGAAAAAAUUCGCUUUUCUCUCCACGGAAACCGUGCCGGAUUAUCGUCCUGUUGAACUUCAUGACAUGUCGGAGAAGAGUCAGAAGACUUCGAGUAACCAGAGCACCAAGUUUCACGAACUCCAACAGAAAUUUGGUAGCGCUGGUUUACAGACACCAAGAUGUAGCACCAAAAUCUAUGAGCUCGUUAGCAAGUUUGGGAGCUAUACUCAUUAUAACAAGAAGAGUAACAUCGUGACAACCACACUGAAUGACAACAAGGUCUUGGAGACUGUAGACAUCCCCAACAACGAGGCUGAACUCAGAGUAGCGUUCGCUCGUCAAACUGAUGAGCUACGAUUGGUUCGACGUCAACUGGCUAAUAGUCAACUGCGCGUCAAGGAGUUGGAGGAGCAAGUACGCAAAUUGCAGAGUCACUGAAUUUCACGAAAUAUACAUUGUACAGUUUUAACGGUUGGUAACUAUAAGCAGGUAUAGAUAACAGUAAUCAGCUGGACAAAACGUAAGAGAACAGAAAUACCUAGGGCCGUCGUAUUGCUUUUAAUUCUUUGGCAUUUUCGUAUUGAACUACUGCCAGGCAUAUCGACUUACCUUACCGGAAACAAUUUUCGAAAGGAGUACGGUUGAUGAUUGUUGUUUUGUAGACGUAAUCAAGCUUGCCAGAGGAAUAUAGACACGUACGUUCUAUUGAAAAUAGAAAACAAAUUAAAACAGAAAGAAAAUAACAACGGUACCUGUCCGCGAAUAGUGUCUGUGAGGAAAACAGUCUGAAUACUUCGGUAUACUCCGUGUUUAAGUAUUCUCGAUGCUAAUUGCAACUUUUUUUUUUCAAAUAACCAAAUUCUAUCAUAACAUUCGUGUUCUCACAAUUCUUAAAAUUGCUGAUGAGACCCGGACGCUAUAUGUUUGUUAUGGUAGGAAUAUAACAUUCGAAUAGAUAGUAUAAUAUCGUUUUCUUUUAUAGGCAAAUCGAAUUUGUCAUUCUUCUUCGCAGGAUAUAUCCACUUGAAAUUCAUUCCUCUUCUUUUUUAUUCAUUCCUUCGUUCUUCCACGUAAACGAAUGCAUUACAGAGAGACGUACUUGUUGACGUGAGCCCAUAAUUAUUCUAAAUAAUUUCGGGCCUCUGCACACGAUAACGUUCUCUUUCUCUUUUUCUUUCUUUUUCAAGAAAUUAUUCAAAUGCAAAUUGCAUUUCUCAACUACACAGAGCAAGGUGCUUGUGGAUAAAGAGCUUUUGCCAUAGUAAACGUAUCAGCUAAUAAUAUACAUUUAUAUAAUAUAUAUACGACUAUGCUACUAUUGUACGUUCAAAGUCUGUAUUUAGUGCUUCGCUAUGCACCCUCACCAAAUGAUCUAAAAUCAAUGAAACAAUCAUGCUUCAUUUAACCCCUAACUGCCGUCGUGAGAGACAGUUACGUUUCAACGUCGACAUUGGACAUGGGUUCCAAUGAACCCACGGCAUCAGUUAAGAGUUAAUAAUGUUCAUAGAAACAUUUUCAAUCUUAUUGCUAAGUUAUUAGAAACGGUUAUAAGUAAAAUGACUGUUAAUUUUUCCUUCUUCUCUCUUUGUCUUUCUUUCUUGUCAGAAACGCACAACGCUAAGUUCCAUUUUCAUUGAAAGCCUUCAAAUUUUAUAUUCGCCACGCUUAAUCGACUAAUUUAUAUGAUACGUAAGUCUGCGUUCGAUCCUAUUUAAAAAGUGGUUCUUGUAUUUCAUUAUUGUAUAAUCAAUUGUAUUAACCAAUCGUGCAAUGAACACUUACUAGUAUUCGAUAGAGGUCGUGUAGAUGGAUUUUAAAAAAUCACGACAAUUUCCUCCAUCAUCCAUAUCAUUAAGUCGCGAAAUGCGCAUAUUCAUAUGAAUUCAUAGGACCAAUAUUCAUGCAUCUUUUAAUGAUUGUAAGAUGAGACAGACUUUUUUCCCGUAUAACGAUUGAAUUUUCUCAAUGAUCCAUACAACGUUUAAAUGUAUUUUUCUUACCUUGUCUAGUUAGAUCAAUAGAGUAUAUAGAUGUCAUGAAUGUUUAAUGAACUUGAAAAAGUUAGAUUCCUUCAAUGAAAAUUUACACACGUGAUGAUACUAUCGCUUAUGAAAUCUAAUUUUUUUUUCCCAUUUUGCCUUGUCCACUAUCGACAAGCAGCGUACGUAUAUAAGAUGGUUCCUCUUCUGGUAGAAAAUCUAUUUACAACUCACUGUAUUUAGCGUGCCUUCGCGAAACGACAAACUGCCUUCGAUGUUUCUUCUUAUAUUCCGUAGACAGUAAUGGCGUCAGUGAUUGUUUUUAAUUUAUCAAGCUAUACUAAACUGACACGAGUAGUAGAUACAUGGAGGUACAACAACGUGUGCAAUGAACCUACGUAAAAAUUGGAUAAUGCGUUAAAUUCUUAUAGAGUACGUUUUAUUGCGGCAAAUCAACACUUACUAUUCUACAAUUCACAAAAAAGAGACUCGAUCAUAGUUUACUUAUGUCUACGAUAAUUGUCAGAUUGCGUGAGAAGAGUAUUGCACUUGAAUGCGACGAGUGCAAGAAUCAUGUUGCGGAAUCUUUACUCGAUUCAAGAAUUUAUAUUUACAUUACUUUGUUUUCUGUCUAAGAGUAAACGAAGCUCUUACCGCUCGUAGCAGUCUGUACGUUAAGCCUCCCUGUAUUAAACAUCUGUAGCUUAUAUAUAUAUUUUUACUGGAAUGUAUUAGCGAUUAUUCGCCAGGGCAAAUUUUACACCUAACGCGAGCACACGUGUGUGCUGAUGAAGAUUAAGAACUCGCCAGCUUUUACGUGUUUAUGGAAAAGGCUUGUUAGAAUGGCGAACUGAAUAUUACAUUGUAAUUGUAGCAAUUCGUAUAGAUAUUAGAAGUAUAUUGGCAGGGGAACUGGUGUGCCAAAUUUUUGGCACUCGACUCUAAGCAAUCGACCUGUACCAUAAGCUGCGUUUCUUCAUAGGGUGGAAAGUUAGAAAGAAAAAAGGAAAUAAAAAGAUUAAUGUCAAAUUCCAUAAUUGGUACGACCAGUCGAAAUGGUUGCCUUAUUAUAUACAUGCCAAAGAGAAGUGUGUCACGCAAAAAAUGCACAAAAAAGAAUAUUUUACAGAAUCAUCAAUAAAUUUGUCGUAGCUAUUCAUUACCUAGAUAUCUAUACGUUCAUUGGCUAUGUUCAACAGAAGGGAUACUAAGGGAGCAAGAACAUUGAAUUGAUCACUCAACUUUAAAUCUUGAAACGAAUGUAAAAUUUCACUAAUCGUAUUUAUUUGCUCCGUCAGUCCUGUUUCUGCUGAAUGCAGCUACAAUUUGUACGUAUUAAUGAUGUACGUGAAGGAUUUUUUUUUAACUAGCUUAUUUAAAUAAACAGCUAAAUAACAUA